UUUAAUCACAUCCAAGAAAAGAGAUAACAUUACUCCAUGAGCUGCUCUGCACUGGCUCUCUGUUAAAUAAAGUUAGUGUCCUAACUUACAAAGUCUUGAUUGGUGAUGCACCAUCAUAUCUUAUAAUUAGAUCUGAAUCAGGUUCACCUGGUCCAGACCUAGAGAUGCUGCUAUAGGCUGAUAGGCUGCUGGGGGACGUUUAGGAAACACUGAGCACCUAUCUCCUCUUCUCUCUCUCCUUAUGGAUGAAUUUACAUCUCUCCAUCACACUUUACUCUGAUGUGAGGUCAAAGGUCAGGGAUGUUUUGUGUGGAGAUUUUAAAGCCUUCUGAGGCACAUUCGUAAAUUUUUGAUAUUGGGCUGUAUAAAACAAACUGAAUUGAAAGGUAUAGGAAAUUAUCCUUUCACUUAUUUUAGGAAUUUAUGUUUACAUUUUUGUUAGCUGACGACAUGAUAUUCCUGGCGAUGUAUUGUAGAACAUUAGUGGUCCGGUCAGGCUCCUGCAAAGCGUCACAGCUCACAAGGUUUUGUUUUCCAGUUUUAACGUAGAAUGGAAAAAAGCCACACAGCUGAAGAAGCUGGAUGAAAAUGGAGUGGGCCAUGCCGGCUCUCCUCCGCGCCCUGAAAGGUGGUCGUACCUGAGAUGUUCCAGGGACAGUGAAUAUAUUUCGAGUAAAACAUUUUCAUGCAAGAUAAGCUGGAAACGAAGGAUAAGCAGAAUAAUGAAAUUCCCGAAAAUGUUGCGUGCAUGUGUUGUGAAGCUGCAGGGAGCCGAUCCAGCCUCAUUAUUUUUUGCCUUACUUUUAUGGCUGCCAUUAUUUAAAAAAACAUCUGCUGGAAGGAGCUCUGGAGAUAAUGCUUUCAUGAACUUUAGAUAAAAGCUACAGCACAUUGCUGCAAACUGCUUUAGCAUCGCGCAUGUCACAUCAAACAAACAGCCAUAUCUCUACCUCUGUUCCUCAUUAAUGCAUGUAAUAGACAGGUAUUACAAUAUUUGAAAGAAACAGGAUUAAGCAAUAGAAUUUAAAGCACUGAAAUUUUGAAUCUCCCUUUUGUUUUGUUUUAUUGAUUUUGUUUUGUGGUUAUUUUGUUGGGUUUUGUUUUGUUUGUUUGGUUUUGAAAGGGGAUAGGGUACUCUGGUCCACGCUCCACUACAGUAGGUGGCGGAAAUGCACCGUUCACUGGAUGCCAUCUGCCAACAAAUUUAAGAAGAAGAAGAAGAAGAACGGAGCCAACCGGAAGUAGACGGAGCCGGAACUCGGCCGUCGCAGUGACUCUUCGUAUUCGGGACCAAACCGCGUGUGUCCUCCUCCCGCCACGUGACCCUGUCCGAGUGGACGCGGCGUUUAGGCCGCAAGGUGAACAUCGAAAAGUCCUUUAGAAAAUGAAUCCCGCUCCACAGUCGCGCAUCUACACAAUAUUUAGUUCAUAAAAAAGAAAGAGUCGUGCUUAGCUACCAAAAAAAAGUCUGUCGCUGAAUUUGCCGUCGAUUCUCGAUGCGACUAUGUUUUAUGCCGAACUAGUUUCUUCAGAGCGUAAUAUGAUCUUGGUCACGAGGGGUGGCACGGUUCGACACGUGAUCGGUCUACACCAAUGAGGUAGCUGCUUUUUGUCAACAGAAUGGCAAGAUGGCGUCCUCGAGCAGUACGGAAGACGAAGAAAAUACACCGGAAUAUAUUAAUAAAUCAAAAAACAAACUUUGUUUUAUGCAUAUUACUUCAGUCAAGCACGAGGAGGUACAUUAUUUCACCACUACACGAUGGAAUACAUACAGGACAAGCCUCGGGUUGGACGGUGAGUCUCGGGACGUGGCUGAGAACUUCAAACACUGUGUCGAUGUGGAGUUUGACAAUAUUCCCGAGGAUGCUGGCUUCCAUCACACGUGCUACCGUAGAUUUACGGACAAAAAAUCCAUGGCAAAGGUGGAAAGACGUCUCGCACGUGAGAGACAAGAAGCGACGGAAGACCACGAGGCCAUUCCAUCAACUUCUAGCGGCACGAGUCCAACAAAGAAACUGCGAUCCAGGUCAGGGCUGCCAAUCGCAGGCUCUGGCCCCGUUCUUCCUGCCCUGUGCAUAAUUUGCCAAAAAAAGGAGAAGUUCGUCAACCGAGCAGGCAAACGACAAAGGGAUACUCUGUCAAAGGCUGAAACAUUAACAGCAGGCCAAUUGCAGAAAGCUGCCGAGUUGAAGGAGGACCAAAGUAUUCUUUUGCAUAUACAAGACAAAGACUGUGUGGCUCUGGAGGUGCAGGACCACAAAGGCUGUUAUAAUCAGUACACCAGGUUUUUGAUGAGGCCUGAAAAACCAGAGAAAGAACAGAAUGAGCCCACGUUUGAUGUCAGCGAUAAGAUAUUCUGUGAAAGGAUCAUUCGCCAAAGGCUGCUUGUCAACCAAGAGGUGCUGAGAAUGGGCCAGCUGAGGAAGGCCUUCAUUGAACUGGUGAAAGCAAAUGAAGGUCUUGAUGUGUGACUGUUAAGGAGGGUGUACAGUCUGUUCGUGUUGUUGAAGACCUGCAGUGUGAUCAUGAAGAAUGUGACAAGGGUGUUUUUACAUGCACAACAUGCUGCACGGGAGCAUAAAGCUGUCAUCAUCAAGAGCUCUGACACUGAUGUGGCAGUCAUUGCUGUAAGUGUGCAGACAGAUUUCCCAUGCAGUUUAUAUGUUUUCACAGGG